AUGCGGGGAGUCAAAUCUCAACAACUCAUGGGUCAACUUCCAUCUCAUAGGGUCUCACCAUCUCUCGUCUUUGAAAACACUGGAGUCGAUUACGCCGGUCCAGUGUCUCUGAAAUUCUUUCAAGGACGCGGUACUAGAUGCUACAAAGGCUGGAUCGCUGUCUUUAUCUGUCUCUCAACAUCAGCCGUUCAUUUGGAGGUUGUCACUGACUACUCCAGUAAAGGCUUUCUCAAGGCAUUCCGCCGCUUCACUAGACGGGGAAUUUGCCGCACACUUCGAAGUGACUGUGGGACAAACUUCAAGGGUGCUGAUCUUAUUCUCAAGCAACUUCUCACCGGUGCUCUCAAGGAAUCAUCUCAUCUACAGCGGCAUCUCGCCAAUGACGGAACCCAGUGGUCAUUUAACCCACCUGGGGCUCCUCAUAUGGGAGGAAAAUGGGAAGCUGCAGUGAAAUCAAUAAAGUAUCAUCUUCAGCGAACCAUUGCUGAUACUCUUCUCACCUACGAAGACUUCUCAACUUUUCUCAUUCAAGUUGAAGUUGUUCUCAAUUCUCGUCCUCUCAGCGCACUCUCAGAGGAUCCGGACGAUCUCACUGCUCUUACGCCCGGACAUUUCAUCCGUGGUGCUGCCAUCAACACCAUUCCGGAACCUAAUCUCACUAAUGCUUACAAUCUCAUCAAUCGAUCUGAAAAUGGAACACCUCUCAUCACGACAUCGCAGUUGGAUCACUUGUCUUGCUCUCAGACGAGCGGUAUCCCCCAACAAAAUGGCCGCUCGCCCAUGUCAUCCAACUACAUCCUGGUGCCGAUGGUCUCAUCAGAGUAG